CAUUCUCCACUCUGAACGAUGGAUUUCGAUGACUUCGUGGUGGGAGGUGGGAACAAGCUUAUAAGUCAACGCAAUUCCACUUGAUAGCCCAAUACUCGUUAAACAGUUAAUAUAGUGAAACUUGUAAUUAAAUGCCUGACGAACUUUCGAGCUUUUGAGUGUCACAGUGAACUGUGAUUAGUGUGCUGUGAAUUUCCAUGAAACUUACUCCCAAAUUUAUUUUACAAAGCUGGUAAAAAAUAUUUGUGAAAAGUGUAUCCAUAUUGCACUGGAGAGGAGAAUUAUUUCGUGGAGAAUUAUCUGUAAUCAGAGAUCCAUGAAGCAGAGAAUUAUGAGGAAGAAGUGCACGAGCUUGAGAUUGUUGAUACUUGCUGUGUUCUCAUUGACGACGAUACACAAUGUUUGGGGUGCACAUCAGCCACUAUCUGCCAUGUACUAUGCUGAUAGCUUGGUGGAAGACAGUGAGAAUCUUCUUUUGCUGCAAAGGUUAAAGCAGAUUGCUGCCCUGGAGCACAAGAUUCUGGAGGAAGAACGCGAAUUAACGGAGGCGGAAUUUGAUCUUCGCGCAAUUUUCGAAGAAAAAAUGAGGAAUCGUAGGCCCAUCGGGAGUGAAUCAUUUGACGAGGAGCCGGAAAAAUUACCAAUUCCCAGUGCCGUUGUUCAUGCACCAUCAGGACACACCGGAAAACGUACGAGCUAUAUGGGUUUGUGUCACUUCAAGAUCUGCAAUAUGGGACGCAAACGUCAAUUAUGAAGUAGCACACGUCAGAAGUGCUGAUUUCUUAUUGGAGUUCUUCAUUCGCGCCUUUCGUCACUUGUAACAAACAUGUUUUUUUCAUCGGACUCUAAUGGAAAUUCAAUUUCAAUCGUUCCACCGUUAUUGCUUUAUUUUUGUACUGAUAAUAGUGUUGGUUAAUAAUCGAGGGUGCGGGAAGAGGCAUGUUCACUUUUAGUAUUUAACAGUAUCUUGUCUUAAUACAUAGUUUAUUAUUUGUUUUAUGAAAAUCCAAUGAUUACCCACCGAUGGAGCAGAUGUAUUCGGGUGAUUGAAAUCCCAUCGAGUCAUUGAAAUUUGACGUAUUUAUUUCAUCGAUAGGUUUACGAGGAAGGGCUUGGGGUAAAACUCAUUCUUGAAUUUAUUCGGCAGCAAAAAAAUUGUCAUUUCUUCUCAUUAACCAACUCAUUUUUUUUUCGGGAAUCAAGAAAUUAUUUUUAUUUCUCCA